AGUACAACAUAAAUGUUUGUAGCUCAUUUUCAUAUGCUGUUGCUCAGUUAUUUUUGACAUGUUGCCGGUGUGUCGGUUUGUUUACAUAUUUACCAUCAAUAUGCAAUCGCAUGGUUUGUGCGACCAAUUUUCUUUAAUUUCAAGCGAAUUAUGACGAGCCCGGGUAGUGAGUUAAAUCGUGCCGAAAAAGAUGAAAACGUGGAUGAUAUCAAUGAUGUGUUUGAGGAUAUUUUUCUAACCGAAGAACGUAUCAUCGGCGAACACUUCCACCAAGGAUUGGUGGAUGGUCGACUCGAGGAAUCAGUACAGGAGGCGGAAGAUUACGGCUUUAAGAAGGGUUCCGAAAUUGGACGUGAAAUUGGAUUUUAUACCAGUAUUGUGACCACGAUUGCUUCCCAACCGGAAAUAGCUGCGAACGAGAAGGCACACAGCAUUUUGCAGGAAGUAUUGUGCGCAUUGGAAAAGUAUCCACACGAGAACGAUCCGGCCAUUGAUUUGGUGCACAAUUUGCAACAGAUUCGGAGCAAAUUUCGAAGGCUGUGUGCACUGCUGAAGAUUCCAUUUAAAUACACCCAAACGAAUGAUCUUUCGUUUUAA